UUCAUCGUUUUUACUCAUAAGCUAGGAUUUUUUUUUCGCUUCGCAGGAAUAACAAGAAACACACGGACUCUGGAGCCGACAUGGCGUAAAAUCGCUCUCGUCGUUUCACCUCCAUCAAAUUUCCUCAAGGGGCGGCAUGGCGGAAGGGGAGGAGGCGAUGGGUCAGGAGGACUGGAAGGAGAAGUGUUUGGUCCUGGAGGCUCUGCUGAUGAAGUUCAGGGUGCAGAUCAUCAAGAUACGAGAACUCACAGCCGACAAGAUUCAGCAGCUGGAGGCGCAGGUGAUCGAUGCGGAGAAACGGGCCUUCACAGCUCAGCAGCAGGUGCAGUGGAUGGAGGAGAAGCUGAAGGCUGCGGACGGCCCGUCUGGAGACUCGGAGGUGCGCUUGUUUCGUCGCUGUCAGGAGCUGCAGGCGCUUGUGCAGGAGAAGGAGGAGGCCGUCGCUCUGCUGGAGCAGCAGCUGGAGGAGCAGAAACAGAUCCGACUUCAGGACGCCAAAACAGUGGAGGAGAAAGCUGCGAAGAUCAAAGAAUGGGUGAUGCUGAAGCUGUCAGAGUUUGAGGUGGAGAACGCUGCGCUGAGAGAAACCAACAAGCAGCAGGAGGCUCAGAUUCUGGAGCUACAGAAACAAGUGCAGGCCUUGGAGCAGAGGUGUGGAGGAGGAGGCGGAGGUCUGGCCCGGCCGGGGGAGGCCCAGCGCCUCAGCAGCCUGACCUUCGGCUGUUUCCAGGUGAGGGGGAAGAGCCCGCAGGUGCUGACUGGACCGGCGCCCUCCCAGAGGACCCUCAGCACCCAGCCCGAGGGAGAGACCGAGGGUGCAGACAAAACUGAGAAGAGCAGCAGGCCGACCGCCGUCUCCUCUGGGACGGCCGGCGGCGUCCAGAGACCGGCGCAGCUCGGCCCUCCUGACUCUCUGGACGACGACAGUGCGUCUGAGAGCAUCGGUGACAGCGUGCGUGGAGCGGAGUCUCGCGGUGUGUCCUCGGUGCUCUCCAGCGCCGCCUCUGAGGGAGAGGCGGGAGUGUGUGAGGGCGUGGGCGGAGGAGGUGUGUGCGCCCUCCAGUUCAGCCGGCCUGGCAGCGAAACCUACCUGACGGCCUCGGACGACAGCAGCUCUCUGUUCGAUGACGACAUGCAGCGGACGGAGCGGCCCCGCUUCAGCCUGCGGGGGCUGACUGACGGGGCGCUGGGGGGCGAUAAGGAGGAGGAGGGGGUGGAGGGACAGGAGGCCAAGCUGGAGGACUGCACCUCCGAGGAGCUUAACAAACGUUUCCAGUCGCACAGACUCGACUCCUCGUCGUCCUCCAGCGAGCCCAACACCCCCAGCCCCGUCCUCGCGACGGCCCUCACUCCCAAACGACCCAACCCGCCCCAGGACCCCAGAGAUACCCCCGCCUCGCCCAAGCAGCCCCGCCUGCGGACGCCCGCGGGCUUCGGGGUGAUGAGCGUCGCCCUGGCCAAGAAGCACCUCAGCCAGCCGCCGGUCAGCAACGAGGCGGCCCACGGACGAACACGCAACGCCCUCAGCAUGCUGCGCCCCGUCCGGCCCCAGGAGACCGACCUGGAUCUGGAUCACGACCAGGACCAGGACCAGGAGGCCGGCAUGGAAACGGGCAGGGACACCCCCCCGCAGGUCGCUCCCAGCUCACAAGCUCUGCCCACCUUGCCGUCCUUGCCAGCCUCACCCGUCCCGCCUGAACCUGGGACAGAGGACGGCUCCGAAAAUCCAGACGGUGGCAGCUCAGCGCCGGGCAACAAGCCUCCCACCCCGCCUCUACACCGGCUGCCCUCCUGGGAAAGUCGUAUCUACGCCGUGGCCAAGUCAGGAAUCAGACUGUCAGAGACGUCCUGUGCAGACUCUGCCAGUAAAGACCCCUCCCUCCAGUCCUCCUACCCUGCCUUUGUACUCUACACAUCCCUCAUCUAUAAAAACAUGACUACACCUGUUUACACUACUCUGAAGGGGAAGGCCACUCUGCUGAGCAGCAGCCCGUUCUCCGAGGACUCGUCCAGCUCCGAGGAGUCAUCCAGCUCAGGAGAGGAGGAGGGCUCCUUCUGCAGCUCGCACACCUCCUCCAGCUCCCGCAAGGACAGCAGCCCGGGCAGCCCACGCUCCCUCAAGAGAGCCGUGUCCAUGUCCUCCAUGACGUCCGAGAGCGACUACGCCAUCCCCCCCGAUGCCUACUCCACCGACACCGAGUGCUCUGAACCCGAGCAGAAACUGCCCAAGACCUGCUCGUCUGCCAGCGACAACGGCAAGAGUGAGCCGAUGGAGAAGUCGGGCUACCUGCUGAAGAUGGUGAAGACCUGGAAGAAAACCUGGAAGAGACGCUGGUUUGUCCUCAAAGACGGGGAGCUGCUCUACUACAAGUCACCAAGCGACGUGAUCCGGAGGCCUCAGGGUCAGAUCGAGGUCAACGCCACCAGCAGCAUCGCCCGCGGGGACGGCAAGCAAGUCCUUCAGAUUGUGACGGGGAAGCGAGUUUACUACCUGAAGGCCGACUCGCCCAACCUGCUGGAGGAGUGGCUGCGGGUGCUGCAGAGCGUCCUGAGGGUGAAGGCCGCCAGCCCACUCUUCACCCAGCCGGACAUUCGGCCCGGCAUGAAGGGGUUGCUCAUCAAGGUGAAACAUGGCUACUCUAAACGGGUGUGGUGCGCUCUGAUCGGUAAAACGCUCUACUACUUCCGCAGCCAAGAGGACAAGUUCCCGCUGGGUCAGAUCAAGCUGUGGGAGGCCCGGGUGGAGGAGGUGGACCGGUCCCGGGACUCUGACGAGGACCUGAAGGCGUGUGGGCGGGGCUUACAGGCAGCACACUUUACCAUCGCAAUCCACCCGCAGGAGCAAGGACCCACCUACCUGCUCAUCGAGUCCCGCCACGAAAAGGAGUCGUGGCUGUAUCAUCUGUCGGUGGCAGCGGGCACCACGGUGGGCAAAGUGGGCACCGAGUUCGAACAGCUGGUGGGAAAACUCUUCCAACUGGACGGAGACCCGAACUCUCAGAUUUGGCGACAUCCCACGUUGUGUUUCAGUAAGGAGGGUCUGUCAUCUCCUCUCACCACGCUGCCUUCACAAGCCCUGCAGACAGAGGCCAUUAAACUCUUCAAGACUUGUCAGCUCUUCAUCAACGUGGCCAUCGACGCCCCGGCCAUCGACUACCACGUGUCGCUGGCCCAGAGUGCUUUGCAGGUGUGUCUGGCCCACCCCGAGCUCCAGAACGAGUUCUUCUGUCAGCUCAUCAAGCAGACCCGCCGCCGGCAGCCCCAGGGCCAGCCGGGACCCCUGCAGGGCUGGCAGUUCCUCGCCUUGUGCGUCGGGCUGUUUCUGCCUCAGCACCCGUUCCUCUGGCUGCUGCAGGUUCACCUCAAAAGACAUGCAGACUCCAGGACUGAGGUGGGUAAGUACGCCAUCUACUGCCAGCGCUCGAUGGAGCGGACGCAGCAGAAGGGCGAGAGGCAGGCCAGGCCGUCCCGCAUGGAGAUCCUGUCCAUCCUGCUGAGGAACCCCUACCACCACUCCCUGCCCUUCAGCGUGCCGGUCCACUUCCUCAAUAACACCUACCAGGUGGUGAGUUUCGAUGCGUCGACCACGGUGGAGGAGUUCCAGUGUCGCCUCAACCAAGACUCCAGCAUGAGGAAGACCGGCCAGUCUGGCUUCAGCCUGUACACGGACGACCCGACCGGGCGAGAGCUGGAGCACUGCCUGCAGGGAGGCAUCAAGAUCUGUGACAUCAUCUCCAAGUGGGAGCAGGCCUGCAAGGAGCAGCACACGGGGAAGUCUGAGAACACCAGGACGGUCCGCCUCACCUACAAGAACAGGCUGUACUUCUCCCUCCAGGUGAGAGGCGAGUCGGAGAGGGAGCGCCUGCUGCUGGCCUACCAGACCAACGAGGCCAUCGUGGCGGGACAUUUCCCCGUCAACAAGGAGCUCGCUCUGGAGAUGGCCGCCCUGCUCGCCCAGGUGGAGUUUGGGGAUUUCGAGCGCCCGUUCUCCGCUCCUGGAUCAGCUCAGACCAAAUCCAACCAAACCCUGAAGCAGGUCCUGGACAGAUUUUACCCCAAACACUACCGCAGGGCCAUGUCUGACGACCAGCUCAGACAACUCCUGCAGCGUCUGUCGGCCCGCUGGGCGUCGCUCCGAGGCCGAAGUUCAGCCGAGUGUGUCCGCAUCUACCUGACCGUAGCCCGCAAGUGGCCUUUCUUCGGGGCCAAGUUAUUUGAGGCCGAGUCCAUCACACCGUCUCCGGAGCAGGGUGCACGUGUGUGGCUGGCCGUGCACGAGGACGGCGUCAGCGUGCUGGAGCACAACUCCAUUAAGCUGCUGGUGUCCCACACCUACAGGAGCCUGAUGACGUUCGGCGGCUGCAAGCAGGACUUCAUGCUGGUGGUGGGGCAGAGCGGCGGCGGCGGUGCCAAAGACAAGCCGACUGAGAAGCAUCUCUUCGCCAUGACGGCCUCCAAGAUCAGGGAGAUGACCCUCCUCAUCUGCAGCUACAUCAACAGCGCUCAUCAGCAGAAGGCCGCCGCCCACCACCUCUCCGCCCCGGCCUUAAUGGUGGCUCAGCCUGUCAGUCUGAAGAGCAAAGAGCUGCGGAGCAAAUCCCCACCGGCAACGGGACGUCCCAGCAAGACCCCGACGCUGCUGUGACCAGCCGGCGAUUCAUGACGUUGAAGAGCCGACUCAGGAAAUCGAGUCGGGUGCAGCCCUGCUGAGCGCCGCUGGGCAGAACAAGCACUACAAUUUGUCAUUUAAUAUGGGAACGAAAACCUGAUUUCUCACAUUAUUUACCUGCCAUUUUCCAUAUUUAUAAAUUAAAAAAUGUAGGAUUUAUUUAAAGCUGCACUUGGAAUGACUUUUAUAUUUAAAAAAAACAUCUGAGUCCCAUCUCCCCCAACUGAGAUGCUCACUCUGAUGAAAUUAUGUUCACUUCUCCACCAACAAAGAGGGAAAAAUUGAAAUUUCAGCAUGAAACAUGAGCUGUCUGUAAAGCAGCACUGAGCGUGAGAGUGUUUUAUCUGUUUUUUUUUUUCUGCAUUUUCUGACUUCACCUCGCAUGAUUUCCGGGCGCUCAUGUCUUUUAACUUCUAAACGGUUUCCUCUCGUGCAGCUUGAAGCGUGUUUUUCUCAGAGGAGACGCUCAGAUUUUGUCGAGCGUGAGCGUGAGCGUGAGCGUCGCGAGCGGAGCUUUUCUAACGAGGCACAAUGGGCUCCGGCAAGAACUGAAGAGGCUUUGCUUUUGAAAGAGCCUCCGAGGACCUUCUCCGUCUUUCUGAUGUGUGUUGCUUUUAUGCGCUGACGCCAAAGAGAAAAGCAAACACUAUUUAUUGACAGACUUAGUUAGCAUUCAAAAGCCUCUCAUUAAUCCGUGCUGUCUGGUACAUUUCCUUUUUGGAGAGACGCUGUGCCAAGAUCGUCAGAGUUGCCUCGUGUUUUUGGCAUUUGAAGAUGAUGCACAGUCAUGUGUGACUUAAAAGAGAUGAUCAUGCUUUAUUAAUGAACAGCAGUUUACAGGGUAUUUCCUGAUUUUACGCCCCUCCCAUGCAUCACAAUGACACUCUGCCUGGAGGCAAAUCAAACACUCAUGUGUGUCCUAUUGUUGCAUAAUGAAGGAUAAUCCACACUUUGUUAAAUGCUUAAUGAAUUUAACCAGAUUGCAGGUGGAUGGCAUGUUUUGCAGUUGAAGAGAUUUUUUUUUUUUGUUUGAGCAAAAUAGAUAUGUGAUGGAUGUUUUUGAGGGCUGUUUGCUGCGGGGAAUGUCUCAUUGAUGUGACCGAUGGCUUUUAGAUUGGAAAAGUUGAUUGUGUGGGGAAACACACGAGGGCUUAGGAAGAACAAGGUUGUUGGUUUUUUGCUGGAGAACCGGCUGCACCCUGUGUUCCCUUUGUUACUGAGUAGCCGGGAGUGUAGUCAAAGUUUAAUCGUUGACAAAUACUUGUGGCCUUUCUGGGGGCAUGAAGGAGAAAAAAAAAGGAAAAAAAAGGCGCAACUCGGCAAGAGACCUCCGCUGUCCUGUCCUGUGUUACCUCACGUUGAUUUAGGAGGGAAUACAGGGCAGACGUGCGGGUCACAGAUAUUUUAUUUUAAAAGAAAAGAUGAGGCGAGAGGCGGUAUGUGCUGAAUGUUGAAAGAAUGAAGAUGAACGGUGGGAAAAAAUGAUGGAAAUGUUGAUGGGAAAGAGGAUGACUGACUGAAGAGUGACAGAAGCUGCAGUGAUGUGACACAGUAUUACUUUGUGACCCAUUUCACUCAUAUUGGACAGGAGUACCUAAAGAUAAACUGGAAAAACAGGAAUCUUAUUGUUUAUUGUCACAUUAGGUACUUUUAAAGAUAAACUAAUUUCUCCCUAGCAGGAUUUCUCCACUCCUGACUAUGGCCUUUGUUUGAAGUAUUGUCAAGGUAUUAUAUUUAUUUGUCACAUGAAACAGUUUGUACGUAAAAUGUCUUUGCAAUAAUUGUUUUAAUUAUUGUACAAGUUUAAUGCCUGAAUAAAACACC